UCUGGUAGUAUUGGUACCAAUAAACAAGUACGAUUUAACUUAUUUUUGUUUGUUGUGCAGAGUUUUAUCGAUCACGUUACGAGUUAGUUUAGUUUCCAAAAUUUUGAGUUUCUUAUAAGCCUAACCUAUCAAUAGUUUUUUUCUUACACAUUUUGGGUUAUAAUGACGCGUAUAUACUGAGUUCAAUUUAACUGCAAACAUAUAUGGUAUGGUGAAUUAGUAUUUUUAAUGGAUAUCAAUAAAAAGGAAGUAUUGUUAAAAAGUUCUUUGACACUGCAAGAAACAUUUACCAAAGGACCGUUUCAUAUUUCGAUUGUUUAUAAGAAUUUUUCAGUAUACGAAUGCGAUGCAGUGGAAAACGCGAUGGUACCUAUUUCCAAAUGGUUUGCGAAGAGAGGUAGGAGUCGGUGUUUGUUAAGCAGCAUAGUUCAAUUACGUGCAUUUAUUUCGUAUGUAUUAUGGUGUUUGAUGUUACUUAAUGUUCAAAAUGAUAACUCCUUGUAGUUAGAUGAAGGGUGAAAUGAUGUCUGGAGGAGCGUAUCACGCGAGUGAACAAGGGUCAGAAGUUGUAAGUGGCGAUAGUGCGAAUCAAGUUAGAAACCCGUUACUGUGUUUCAUUUGCGAUGAUUACUAUUCAGAGCCAUGCCUACUGAAUUGCUACCAUACAUUCUGUUCAAGAUGCCUACGUGGAAGAGACGUAGAAGGAAAAAUAACCUGCCCUCUUUGUGGUCAGCAGACGACAUUGAAGGAAGGCAUGGUACUUCCUCCGCCAGACUUGCUCAUGCGACAGCUCAUUGAACUGGCCAAUGCGGAGAAUCCUCCCUGCGCAAACUGUGACAAGCGAGAUAAAGCAUCAAUGUGUUUUUGUUCAACAUGUGGACAGGCACUGUGCAGUCAUUGCCGUGAAAAUACACAUAGAGCAAAGAUGUUUUCUACCCAUGAAGUUGUUCAUAUGUCCAAGUGUGCAAAGGAGACACACCGUAGAUGUGCUUUACAUGGUGAGCAGUACAUCAUGUUUUCUAAUACACAGAAAUCCAUGUUGUGUGUCAAUUGUUUCCGUGAUACACCAGCUGAAGCCAGAUUGCACUGUGUUGACAUUGACACUGCAUACACUCAGUGUACUCGGAAGCUGGAGAAAGCUGUUGUUUCUGUAUGCGAGCUUCAAAAUUCAGUCCGUGAAGGUCUUCUGAUGUUCAAAACACUUUUGGAAGAGCUCAGACAGAAUAUGGAAACAGAAAAACAUACUAUCAACAGUUUUUGUCAGGGAAUGCAAGAAGCAAUUGCAAAGACUCAUGCUAAUAUGAUAAUGGAAGUGCAAAGGCAGUUUGAAACCAAAGAGCGCCAAUUUCGAGGUCAGCUUGUCAGCUUAAGUACUGUGUUGCCAUUACUGCAACUCCAUCUUUUGCUUUGUUCUUCCUUCUCAACAUCAGCUAACAAAUAUCAGUUCUUGGACUUGGCAUACCCAAUGAUGGAUCGCCUGGCUUCAGUUUCACAACUUAGCCAUCCUUUGCGUGUCUGCAUGUAUGUAGUGCCUGCCUGUAUGCGGUGCCUACCUACGUGUGGUGCCUACCUGCAUGCGGUGCUUUCCCGGUUUGUAGUGCCUCCCUGCGUUUGGUGCCUGCAUCAUACAUUGUGUACUUGUGUUCAUGUGUAUGUGUAUUUGGUUGUUUGUAUUUAUUUACCUUGUGCUCAGCUCAAAAGUUUCCUAACUGUUUGUGGGCACAGUACAAAUAAAGAAAUAAAAAAAGUGACAAACUAUAACAAAAUUGAAUUAAUUCAUCAAUAUGUAAGUUUAAAAGUUAAUGUCAUAGUUGUAAAUUAUGAGAUCAGAUUUAAAUAUAUUACCUAUUCUCUGGAAGAAAAUAUGGCAAAGAAUUUUUAUCUGAACUAGUUUACGCGUUCUCUUCAGAGUGAGGAAUAAGGUGUCAUAGUAGUUUCUAAUCAUGUGGUAUUGCCAUUGAUACACAACAUCGCAGCAACUAUCCUGUGUCACACAUCUAAUUUCAGGUUAUUUGUCAAACCAUUCAUCUUGACUCAAUUACAUAUGCAUCUCUAAUUUGUACAGUACACUUGCAGCAUGUUCAUCACUCUAGAACAAAUCAAAUCAAAUUCUUGAUUUAAGAAGCUCCAUGUUCAUAAUUUGUAGGCAGAGUAUAAUCAUGGCUCUGAUUGGAUGCAGAAGCGUAGGCACAGCCCACCUUCGUAAGAGUGCAAUAGCUCUUGCUACUGUGACACCAAAAUAUUGAUUAAGUUGAAUAAAGUCAUCCAUUAAAACUGAAGCCUGAAAUAUAUAGAAUGUUCCUGUUUCUCUACAGACAGGAGAACUCUAGCCCCUUAGCAUUCUUUAGAAGCUAUGCUAAUACAUUCUUGCUAUCAAAAACAAUGUAUAUUAAGUCAUUAAAUAAUGUCUUAGAAAGCAGUGUUAACUGUGAAUUCUUAUGCAAUAGGGUUAGUACGUCUCCUUAAUAUCCUUAAAAAGUCCUUAAUUUGUUUUUAAUUAAAUAUGGACUCUGAAAAGUCCUAACAUUUCAGUUACAAUCCUUAAAAGUUCCUAAAUAAAGGAUAAAUGUGGAUAUUUGAAUGUUCUUUUGAUUCUUGAUAGUGGUGGAGGCGAUGAAGUUAAGGGGCCCCUGAAAACUCCUUAAUUUUUGUUUGCCCAAGAGGGUACCAACCAUGUGCAACAUAAUCUUCAUCAUGGCAAAUAGUCUGGAUCUUAUCAUAAGCUCUAUAUUAUUUACUGAAUAAAAGGGGUUUUAUACAUCCUUAGUUGCAAAAAGGUUGUAGUUCCUUAUCACCGGUGACAUAGUAAUCUUCUCUGCUGGUCUGUCUCCUGGUGAUAUCCUACUUCAUCGUUAUGGUGACAAAAAUCAUGUUGCCCUGCUUGGUAUUUAAGAUGUUUCUGGUAUUGCAACUUUUUAUUUGGUCAGACACAACGUUGGUGGUCAUCACAUGGAGACCUGAGCCUUUUGAGUCUGGGUCUGUCAGUGGCCACUGUCGCACUUGUCAUGGUAAUUUAUAGGGUCACAAAAAAAAAUGCUUGUAUCAGGUACAAGCCAGACAACGCACGUUCGUGUUCUUGUCAGUCGGGAAGACCUUUCUGUCAUUUCCAGCAGACCUGCUGCUUAGCUAAAUGUGAACUGCUGAUUACAUUCAUCCGGGCCUUUAGGAGUCCACACCUAGUUGAGCUGUUCACAUCUCACCCCAGUAGGGGAUGUACUCCGUUCCUGUAGAAUCUGGAGCUGUUCACAUCUCACCCCAGUAGGGGAUGUACUCCGUUCCUGUAGAACCUGGAGUUGUUCACAUCUCACCCCAGUAGGGGAUGUACUCCGUUCCUGUAGAACCUGGAGCUGUUCACAUCUCACCCCAGUAGGGGAUGUACUCUGUUCCUGUAGAACCUGGAGCUGUUCACAUCUCACCCCAGUAGGGGAUGUACUCCGUUCCUGUAGAACCUGGAGCUGUUCACAUCUCACCCCAGUAGGGGAUGUACUCCGUUCCUGUAGAACCUGGAGCUGUUCACAUCUCACCCCAGUAGGGGAUGUACUCCGUUCCUGUAGAACCUGGAGCUGUUCACAUCUCACCCCAGUAGGGGAUGUACUCCGUUCCUGUAGAACCUGGAGCUGUUCACAUCUCACCCCAGUAGGGGAUGUACUCCGUUCCUGUAGAACCUGGAGCUGUUCACAUCUCACCCCAGUAGGUGAUGUACUCCGUUCCUGUAGAACCUGGAGUUGUUCACAUCUCACCCCAGUAGGUGAUGUACUCCGUUCCUGUAGAACCUGGAGCUGUUCACAUCUCACCCCAGUAGGGGAUGUACUCCGUUCCUGUAGAACCUGGAGCUGUUCACAUCUCACCCCAGUAGGGGAUGUACUCCGUUCCUGUAGAACCUGGAGCUGUUCACAUCUCACCCCAGUAGGGGAUGUACUCCGUUCCUGUAGAACCUGGAGCUGUUCACAUCUCACCCCAGUAGGGGAUGUACUCCGUUCCUGUAGAACCUGGAGCUGUUCACAUCUCAUCCCAGUAGGGGAUGUACUCCGUUCCUGUAGAACCUGGAGCUGUUCACAUCUCACCCCAGUAGGGGAUGUACUCAGUUCCUGUAAAACCUGGAGCUGUUCACAUCUCACCCCAGUAGGGGAUGUACUCAGUUCCUGUAAAACCUGGAGCUGUUCACAUCUCACCCCAGUAGGGGGAUGUACUCCGUUCCUGUAGAUCUUGGAGCUGUUCACAUCUCACCCCAGUAGGGGAUGUACUCCGUUCCUGUAGAAUCUGGAGUUGUUCACAUCUCACCCCAGUAGGGGAUGUACUCAGUUCCUGUAGAACCUGGAGCUGUUCACAUCUCACCCCAGUAGGGGGAUGUACUCCGUUCCUGUAGAUCUUGGAGCUGUUCACAUCUCACCCCAGCAGGGGAUGUACUCCGUUCCUGUAGAACCUGGAGCUGUUCACAUCUCACCCCAUCAGGGGAUGUACUCCGUUCCUGUAGAACUGGUCUGAUAUUUUAGGAAUAUGAAAUAAUCUUGUCUAGGAAUUGUUUCUAUUGUUUUUUUUUACCUGGAGAGCGAGAAAAAAUGCACCCUCUGCUAUGUAGUCUACAUCCUGCAUACAAGUCAAUUAUGCCAGUAUUUCUUAACAUUUUGGGUUCGAUACUACUCUUAGUAUCUAUCACCUUUUCUAUCCAGCACAGGAUUGACAGGUUGCUGCAUGUUACACUCAUGCAUGUGUGUUACUAAUUCUGUGAAACCUUUGUGCAAAUUUGGUCAUAAAAUUUACAUGACAAAAUGUUACGGAUAAAUAAAUUUUUUUACACUUUUCAUUUACCGGCAUUCCUUCAGACUUGAUUUGUUAGAGCUAUCUAAUCAUGUAAGAAUUUUUUUUAGAUUUUUCCAGAAUGAAAGUUUUAUAUUUAAUAUGCUUCAACAUACUUUUAUUUACAGGCAUUGAUUUUUCUCUCUCCUUGUCCCUUUAUUUUAAUUUUGUGUCUUCUUUUAAGAUUAAGUAUAAAUAUGAAAUUUUGAAUUAUUUUGUUAUGUUGGUAAAUUUGGCAUGCAAUUUUUAAUGUCUUUUGUAAUUUUCUUCAUGCAAUUAGUUUAUGUUUUUAUUACAGUAAAUACAAAAUAAAGUUUUCAUCAUUUUUAACCUUUAAAGUUUAGUAUUUCGUAGCCUGAUAUAAAUGUUCAGUUAAUUUGUUUGUGGAUGUUGAAUACUGUCUACAGUUUUAUGUUUAUUAAGUAUAAAUAUGAAAUUUUUAAUUAUUUUGUUAGUUAUGUUGGUAAAUUUGGCAUGCAAUUUUUAAUGUCUUUUGUAAUUUUCUUCAUGCAAUUAUUUUAUGUUUUUAUUACAGUAAAUACAAAAUAAAGUUUUCAUCAUUUUUAAACUUUUAAGUUUAGUAUUUCGUAACCUGAUAUAAAUGUUCAGUUAAUUUGUUUUUGGAUGUUGAAAUCUGCCUACUGUUUUAUGUUUAUUGUGUUUGUAUAUUUAUUUUAGUUUUGUAUAGUUAGUGAUAUUUAAAAGUUAUUAUUUUGUAUCAGUUAUAAUUGUAUAUACUAUUUUUAUUUGAGUGAAAAAAUUAUUUUUCAUGUAAUAAAGAUUUUUUAGUCAUUGUACUUUUAAGGUGCCAAUCAUUGCUUGAUUUGGUGUAAUGAAUUUACAUAUCAAUGUGGCUGUUUUAGAUUUGCAUCUAUAUACUGCACUUUGUAGUGUGUCAUUUUAUUUUGUAUUAAAUUUAUGUUUUCCUUUGUUUUGGUCUGUAUGUCAUCGAAAAGUUAGUAAAAUAUUUUUAUACUAAA